AUGGGGAGGACAACGGGGGCAACGAGGGACGAGGACAAGGAGGGAACGAGGGGAAGGACAGUGGCCGAGGGGGACGACGAGGGGGCAGACGAGGGGUUUAGGACGAGGGAGGCAACGGAGCGAGAGGAUCGAGGGGCAACGAGGGGUGGACAAGGGGGCAACGAGGGGAGGACGAGGGCAACGAGGGGAGACGACGGGGGCAACGUAGGGGGGGAGGACGACGGCGGCAACGAGCGAGAGGACCGGAGAGGGCAACGAGGGGGAGGACAAGGGGCAACGAGCGAGAGGCGAGGGGGCAACGAGGGGGAGGACAAGGGCACGAUGGGGAGGACAAGGGAGGCAACGAGAGCGAGAGACCGAGGGGGCAACGAGGGAUGA